AGGUUAGAAGCUAUGGCUGAGUGUCUAUUCAUAAUGGAGAAUGAUUUAUUUUAUUUUGUGAGAUUACAUUGAGUAUAACAAUUGUUGUAACGAAGAAAGAAAAAUAAUGGGAAAAAACAAUACUAGUACUAGUAGUAUAAAGAAAAAGUGAGAAAUCAGACAAGUAAAGGAGGUUUGGUUUGGUUUUAGCUUCUUUCCUUUUCCCCCCUUUCACCUUUCGUUUCUUCCUCCUAUUGCUUAAGCAUCUUUUUUCUCACUUUUUUCCUCUUCUUAUCAUUCUUCUUCACUCUUUUGGCAAAAAAAAAUAAAUUUUAAUAAUUAUAUAUUUUUCUUUGAUUCCAUACUUCCCCACUACCUCCUAUUUCUUUACAUUUCUUUAGCUUAUUAAACUUGUUAGUAAAAUCUUUGAUUCUUGAUUUUUGUUUUUGUUGUUGUUGCCUUUCUGGCAUUGAUCAUUUGAUCACAAAGUCUAAAUUCCCUUUUUUCCUCCUUCUUGGGAUUUGUUCUUGCAAAUUUUCUUGGAGGUUAAAUACCUUUAGCUUAAUUCUUUGUUGAUUGAUCCCUUCUUGGUUUUGCUGUUUUAGUAUAAAAGUCCUAUCUUUUUUUGUUUUGCAAUUCCAAGAUUGUGACUUUUUGUCUUGUUAAAGUGUUUGGGCUUGUGGGUAUUCCUCCUUUUUACUUGUUUUUGUUACUUGUUAGUUGUAAUUCUGUUUCUUGGAGCUUAAUUCUUUGUUGAUCCUUUCUUGGUUCUGCUGUUUAAGCUUAAAAAUCCAAUCUUUUCUUGUUUUGCAGUUCCAAGAUUGUGACUUUAUUACUUCUUGAAGUUUUUGGGUUUGUGGGAAUUCUUCCUUUUUACUUGUUUUGUUACUUGUUAGUUGUAUUUCUGUUUUCUUGAUAAUUUGCUCUUGUUUCUUUUCCCUUUGUAAUGGUAAGUGUAUUUUCCUUGCUAGUAAAAAGUUCUUAACUCUACUUUUUCUUGUUUUGCAAUUCCAAGAUUGUGAGUUUUUGUCUUCUUGAGUUGUUUGGGUUUUUGGGAAUUCCUCCUUUUCAUGAGUUUUUGUUACUUGUUAGUUGUAAUUUCAGUUUCUUGAUAAUCUAUUCCCUUUGUAAUGGUCUAGUUCUUUGUAUUUUUCCUGUCAGUGAAAAAGUUCUUCACUUUACUUUUGUUGUUUUUGAUUAAUUGAUUUUUGUGGAUCCUUGUUGAAAUUGGGUUCUUGAUUCCAUGGGACUUUGUCAUGGAAAACCUAUUCAAUCCCCACAGAACUUGUCUGAUAAUCCCAUAAUUCCCAUUGAUAAUGAGCAAGAAUUGAAUUCCCAUACUGGGAAAACACCAAAAUUUCCCUUUUACAGUCCAAGUCCUUUGCCUAGUGCAUUUAAGAACUCUCCUGCUAAUUCUAGUGUGACUUCAACACCUUUGAGAUUUCUCAAACGUGUACCGCCAUCACCGGCUAAGCAUAUAAGGGCAUUGCUUGCUAGGAGACAUGGCUCAAUUAAGCCUAAUGAAGCUACAAUACCAGAAGGGAGUGAAUGUGAUAUUGGGUUGGAUAAGAAUUUUGGGUACUCAAAGAAUUUUGAUAGCCACUAUGAGCUUGGAGAAGAAGUGGGAAGAGGGCAUUUUGGUUAUACUUCUGCAGCUAAGGGGAAAAGAGGGAGCUUGAAGGGGCAUGAUGUGGCUGUAAAAGUCAUCCCAAAAUCAAAGAUGACCACAGCAAUUGCAAUUGAGGACGUAAGGAGAGAAGUCAAAAUAUUGCGUGCUUUAACAGGACAUAGGAAUCUGGUUCAAUUCUAUGAUGCCUAUGAGGACGAGGAAAAUGUUUAUAUAGUCAUGGAAUUAUGUAAAGGAGGAGAAUUACUUGACCGGAUACUUGCAAGGGGUGGGAAAUACUCAGAAGACGAUGCCAAAGCCGUCAUGGUGCAGCUUCUAAGCGUGGUCUCUUACUGUCAUCUUCAAGGGGUCGUUCAUCGCGACCUAAAGCCUGAGAACUUCCUUUUUGUUUCUAAGGAUGAGCACUCUCCUCUAAAGGCCAUUGACUUUGGUCUUUCUGAUUACGUAAAACCAGAUGAAAGGCUUAACGAUAUUGUUGGAAGUGCAUACUAUGUUGCACCUGAGGUUUUGCAUAGAUCUUAUGGAACAGAAGCCGACAUGUGGAGUAUUGGUGUAAUUGCCUAUAUUCUUCUUUGUGGAAGCAGACCUUUCUGGGCGCGGACAGAGUCCGGUAUAUUUAGGGCCAUCCUGAAAACUGAUCCAAACUUUGAAGAAGCCCCUUGGCCCUCUUUGUCUUCUGAUGCAGUAGACUUUGUAAAAAGAUUGCUGAAUAAGGAUUAUCGCAAAAGGCUAACUGCAGCGCAGGCUCUCAGUCAUCCUUGGUUGGCUGGUCAUCAUGAUGUGAAGAUUCCUUUGGAUAUGAUAGUAUAUAAGCUUGUAAAAGCUUAUGUAUAUUCUUCUUCUCUUAGAAAAGCUUCUUUAAGGGCUCUUGCUAAGACAUUGACUAUACCACAACUAGCUUAUCUUCGUGAUCAGUUUACACUAUUAGGGCCAAACAAAAGUGGACUUGUAGCUCUACCAAACUUCAAAAUGGCUGUGAUGAAGAACUCUACCGAUGCAAUGAAGGAUUCAAGAGUUUUUGACUUUGUCAAUACGGUGAGUUCUCUUCAAUAUAGAAAAUUGGAUUUCGAAGAAUUCUGCGCUGCUUCAAUAAGUGUACAUCAGCUUGAGGGAAUGGAAAGCUGGGAGCAACAUGCUCGUCGUGGCUAUGAGUUCUUUGAAAAAGAGGGGAACAGGCCAAUUAUGAUAGAGGAACUUGCCUCGGAGCUCGGGCUUAGUCCUUCCGUCCCCGUUCAUGUAGUUCUGCAGGACUGGAUUAGACACACUGAUGGAAAGCUCAGUUUCUUGGGAUUUGUCCGACUUCUACAUGGAGUUUCUUCGCGCACAUUUCAAAAAGCUUAGAGUAUAAUGGUUCAUCUAGCUUUCAUACUAUUAAUCACUCGAAGAAUCGAAGUCUUGUUGCUUGAUCAAAUGGUGGCAAAAAGAAGCAUAUACAAUGAUCUGUUAAAACUCGGAAACAGCUGGUUUACGACGAAGCUACAGAUCAAUCCUAUACAUGGCAUUAGCAGCAUAUUUGAUGUCAAAUCUUAUUUUUGUCAUGUAAUUCUUCUUGUAUUCUUCAACUGUGUUGGACAACAUUCCACUUUAAGAGGAUUGUACAGAUGAGGAUAAUCAGAAAAAAAAAAUGUAAGUAGUUGGUCAGAAAAGACAGCUGAAAGCUGAGAUGAGUUCUUUGUGGCUUCUUGGUGUAACCUGUUUACCUUUUUGCUAGUUUAAUAAAGUUCUCUUUAUUGUG